AUGUACGGAUUGAGGCACGACACUCUCCAGACACCGGAUGACAGUUGCCCUCCAGUCCAGUCCGGUGGUGUCUGGGAGGUCUAUAGGAUGAUUAAAUGUGGCCCCGAUCCGGAACAAGGUGCACAGGCUCUCGUCGUCAAGGGCGCUGCUCAGAAUGAGCUGGCAGGAGAAGGGGUAGGAAUAUGUGAUGACCUUAUCACUUUAGAGGUAAUGUCUCCAGAUGUGUGUGACCUCACACUGAUCGAUCUACCUGGAAUUGCCAGAGUCCCAGUUAAAGGACAACCGGAUGAUAUUGAAUACAAGAUCAAAUGUCUGAUCAUGAAAUUUAUUGAGAAGCAAGAGACUAUAAACAUGGUGGUGGUCCCUUGUAACAUUGACAUUGCAACAACAGACGCUUUAAAAAUGGCACAAAAAGUAGAUCCUGAGGGCAAAAGAACUGUCGCCAUUUUGACCAAGCCAGAUCUCAUAGACAGGGGAACAGAGAAGAACAUACUGGACAUUGUCCAUAACAAAGUGAUUCCACUCCGCAAAGGUUACAUCAUGGUGAAGUGUAGAGGACAACAGCAGAUCGAUGAUAAAAUUCCUCUGGAGAAGGCAACAGAAAUUGAGAGAGAUUUCUUCCAAAACCAUGACCAUUUCAGACGCCUGUUGAAUGAAGAUAAAGCGACUAUGGAAUGUCUUGCCAUCAAACUGACUCAGCAUCUCGUUGAUCAUAUCAAAAAAUCUUUGCCACACCUCAAUGAGCAGAUAAAAAAGCAGCUGUGGGAUCUGAGAAAUAAGCUUAAAGAGUUUGAGGCUGGACCACCACAGGAUCCUAAGGGGGCCAAACUAUUCCUCACUGAAACUUUAACAAGAUUCAAUGAUCAAAUCAAGUCCUUAUCAUCAGGAGAGCUGAUCAUUGAAGAAAAUUUGUUUGCCCAACUUCGGGCUGAAUAUGAGAAGUGGAAUGCUCAUCUUAAUGUCACAAAGACAACUUUUAACGAAUCAACUGAAGCGAAGAUAGCAAAUAUCCAGGAUUACAGAGGGAGGGAACUGCCCGGCUUCUGCAACUACAAAAUGUUUGAGGGCGUUCUGCAAAAGCAUGUGUCCACACUUAAAGAACCAGCCAUCGACUUACUCAACACCAUCAAAGACAUCAUCAUCGAGCAGUUUACUGAUGUAGUAAAUCAAUGUUUCCAGAAAUACCCUGUUCUUCUAGAUAUCACUACGGACAAAAUUCACAACAUUCAGUCAAUCCAGCAAGAGAAGGCAGAGCAGAGGAUCUCAGAGCAGUUUGAAAUUGAAAACAUGGUCUACACUCAAGAUGCAAUCCACUUUAAGUUCUUGAAGGAGAUUACCAAAGAACAGUAUUCAGAAGAGCAGUUACCUAUCUUGGACAAAAAAAGCAAGUACAGUGUGAUAAUCCAGGCAUAUUACGAGAUUGUGGUGCAGCGAAUGGCUGACCAACUGCCCAUGAUGAUCUUAUUUUUCAUGUUGAAGCAGACUGCUGAUCUCCUGUCUACUGACAUGUUGACUUUACUGGAUGGGGCAAAUGUGAGUGAGCUCCUGUUUGAGGACUCUGAUGUCAGCAGAAGGCGCAAAGAACUACGAGAGCGCCGGGAUCGUUUGAGUGCUGCUCAGCACGUUUUUUUUCUACUAACUAGAGGGUGGGCACCCUGCUUCAUCGACGUUUCGUUGAUUGAAGCCCACAACGUCUCCAGAAGGCUCAACGGUGUACCCAGCGUCCCAGGUACACCCCCCUCCAUGCCAUACCCUCCAUAUUCCUGA